CCCGCCCCCGGACUCCCUGGGGUCUUCUCUGGUCCCGGUACCCGGCCCUUAGCCCCUAGGGGCAGAGCCGACCCGCCCCUCCCCACUUCCGCGAGGGGACCGGGGCGGGGUUACGAAAUGGGCCCUCUGCCCGGGGGCGGGGCUUUCCCUAAGGGGCAAGGCAAAGGCAUCUCGAAUUGGGGCUUGGCAGGGGCCAGGGCAGCGGGUUAUUAAGGCUAGGGGUGGGCGGAUUCCCAGGGUAUUGGGGUCAGGGUGGCAUUAGCCCGGCUCAAGCCAGGCUGGGCUGACUCAGCAUCCCGUCCCCACCAACCCUCGUCCCCGACAGCUCUGCUUCCCCUUGGGCAGAGAUGGGAGAUGGCGCCGGUGUUGCCCUUGGUGCUGCCCCUGCAGCCCCGCAUCCGUCUGGCACAGGGGCUCUGGCUCCUCUCCUGGCUGCUGGCGUUGGCGGGUGGCCUCACCCUUCUCUGUAGCGGGCACCUCCUGGUUCAGCUGUGGCACCUCAGCACCUUCUUGGCUCCCUCCUGCCCAUUUGCCACCCUGCCCCAGGUUGCCCUGGCAGCUGGCACAAUGGCUCUGGGCACAGGCCUGGUGGGUGCAGGAGCCAGCAGGGCCAGUCUGGAUGCAGCUCAAUACCCUCCGUGGAGAAAGGUCCUGGGCCCACUGCUGGUGGCUGGCACAGCUGCAGGCGGAGGUCUUCUGGUCUUCGCCCUGGGGCUGACCCUGGCUUUACCUGGGAGUCUGGACACUGGGCUGGAGGAGGGCCUGGGGACUGCCUUGGCUCACUAUAAAGACACAGAGGUGCCCGGACACUGUCAUGCCAAACGGCUGUUGGAUGAGCUCCAGCUGAGGCACCACUGCUGUGGGCGGCACGGAUACAAGGAUUGGUUUGGGGUCCAGUGGGUCAGCAGCCGUUACUUGGAUCCCAGUGACCAGGACGUGGUUGAUCGGAUCCAGAGCAACGUGGAAGGCCUAUAUCUGAUCGAUGGUGUCCCUUUUUCCUGCUGCAACCCCCACUCGCCCAGACCUUGCCUGCAAAGCCGGCUCUCAGACCCCCACGCACACCCUCUCUUUGAUCCCCGUCAGCCCAGCCUAAACCUCUGGACACAAGGAUGCCACGCAGCACUGCUGGGGCACCUGCAGAGCUUGGCGAGCACACUGGGCAGCAUGCUGACUGUCACCUUCAUGUUGCAGAUUCUGGUGCUCCUGGGCCUGCGGUACCUCCAGACGGCACUGGAGGGGCUUGGAGGAAUCAUCGAUGGGGAGGGAGAGGCCCAGGGCUAUCUCUUUCCCAGUGGGCUGAAAGACAUGCUGAAAACAGCAUGGCUACAGGGGGGGGUUGCUCACAGGCCAGCACCUGAGGAGGCCCCAGCAGAAGAGGCACCUCCUAAGGAGGGUCUACCUGAGGCCUAGUGGCCUGA